AUGUCGACAUCCGGAACGCUGACUAGUUACUACGUCGAUUCCCUCAUUCUGCCCGAGAGCGAGGAGGUCUCCGUGCCGAGGUACUCCUCCGGUCCCGGGCUCCAGCAUGGCAGACAGCCCGCCUCCAUCGGCGACCACGGCGAGCUGGGGACUUGCACCUACCCGUCCAAGCCUCCGGUGUUCGGGCCGCCGUGGAGCCACGUCCCGGCGCAGUUCCCGGGAACCUCUGUUUACCACCACCACUAUGGGCACCACCAGGGCCCGGUUGGCGCCGAUUCGGACGGGCGAUACCAGUCGUGGCUGCUGGAGCCCAUGUCCGGUUCCCUGCCCAUGACCGGAUUACCGACCACCCAUCACUACGGAAUCAAACCGGAGGGUCUGGGGACGCGGGCGGAGGGAGCGCUGCCGGGCUCCCACACCGCGCUGCUGCUCUCCGAUUACGCGAACGGCACCGUGGCCACGACAUCACCCGGGGAGAAGGACGCGCUCUCCGGCCAGACGGGGGACAUGAGCGUGGAAGCGGUGGAAGAGAAACCCAUCCUCGAUCCAAAUAACCCAGUGGCCAACUGGCUCCACGCGAGUGCCACGAGAAAAAAACGCUGUCCGUACACCAAGCAUCAGAUCCUGGAGCUGGAGAAAGAGUUCCUCUUUAACACCUACCUGACCAGGGACCGUAGGUACGAGGUGGCGAGGCAGCUAAACCUCACCGAGAGACAGGUUAAAAUCUGGUUCCAGAACCGCAGGAUGAAGAUGAAGAAGUUUAAUAAAGACGGCCUACCGAAAGACGGCUGA